AUGGCUCCGUCUGCAAUUACAAUCGCUAAAAUCCCGAGAAAACGACGAAGUUUCGAGGGCAGCGAUCCGAAUCAGAAAAUACAAUGUCUCAGUGAGGAUGACUCGUCAAGUCCAAAAUCACUAUCGCCUCAAAUGGACGGUGACCGCCGAGCGCAUCACAAUGAGCUUGAACGGAGACGUCGUGAUCAUAUUAAGGAUCAUUUUAUGUCGCUGAAAGACGCCAUACCGUUGCUUGAUGGUGAAAAGGUAACAACCAAUAGUUUUCUUGCUUGA